AACUAGGUUUCCACAAUGUUUGGCGGAUAUGACAAUAUAGAAGCAUUUGAAGAUGAUAUUUAUUGUGAAGAGUCCUCCAGUGAAACAAGCAUUGAUAGUGAGGUAGAAUUUCAUCUUUACAGCCAAGUGCAUUAUGCUCAGGCCCUUGGAGAUGUCAGUGGACAAGAAGAAACUGGACAUGUGGAGAAGCAGAUUCAGCAUUCAGUGCGUAAACAGGAUCAGAAAGAUAACUUAGUUGUAAUUUCAGAUAGCGAUGUCAUUCAGAUUUCAGAUAGUCCUGAUGUUAUCAUCUUGUCUGAUACUCCUGAUGAAGAUAGUGUUUAUAAAAGCAAACUCCAGAAGCUAACAACCCCAGACUCUCCAACACUGGAAAGAACAUACAGUCAAAAUUCAAAGGGACUGUCUACAGACACUUCAAGAAAAGAGAAAAGAAUCAAUCAAAAGUCUGUCUCUUUUCACCGUGAUGGUGUUCGCAUGAUCCACAAGAUCCUAGUAAUAGAGGACAGCUCCAGUGAUGAGGAUGAAGAUGUGGCCAGUACAGUCUCUGAGAGUGAUAAUGUGGAGAGCUGGAUGUUGUUGGGAGGUGCCAGAGAUAUCAAAGAUGAAAACAUCCUGUUAAACCUUGAGGACUGCGGAAGUUCAGCCACUGAAGGAGAAGGUGGAGCAGACUGGGCCAUCAGUGAUAAAGAUUUAGAGGCACAGAUCAGUAACUAUGUUACUGUGCGUCGUAACAACAGAUACUACAUGCCAGACAAAAACGUCACUUGCAGAAAUUGUGAUAAAAGAGGUCACUUGUCAAAAAAUUGUCCAACUCCAAAGAAAGUUCCACCAUGUUGUCUGUGUGCAGAAAGGGGGCACCUACAAAACAACUGCCCUGCACGAUUUUGUUUAAAUUGCUGUUUGCCUGGACACUGCUCAAGAGAGUGCAUAGAGAGAACUUACUGGAGUAAGCAUUGCAAUCGCUGUGCCAUGAGAGGCCAUUAUGCAGACGCUUGCCCAGAAAUAUGGAGGCAGUAUCACCUAACAACCAGACCAGGACCACUCAGGAAGGCCAGCUCUUUUUCUGAACAUUCUGCUCCAGUGUACUGUUACAACUGUUCACGGAAAGGCCAUUAUGGCUAUGAAUGCUCAGAGAAGCGGAUGUUUGGAGGGACAUUUCCUACUUUCCCCUUCAUCUAUUACUAUGAUAAUGAAUAUGAAAUCAAGAGGGGCCUUCAGAAAGCAAAGAAAAAAGUGCAAGAACUUCAGGAAGCUGGCCUUCUUCCCAUGUCAUUGGAGAGACCACACAUAGAUGACCAGAAAGUGCAUACCCAUAGGAAAAAGGUGAAACUAUUAAAGGAACACAACAAAAGACUGGAAAAGCAUCACAGAAAGCUCAAGAAGUCCCAGUCGAACAAACUCAAAGGAAGGAAGCACAAGAAAGAUGUCCAAAGCAACUACAACAUAGAGGAGAACUUUCCCAGAGGAGGUCACUUGAAAUCUCUGAAGUGGCACAAAAAAAACAGUGCGCACUGUGAUCUUUCUACAAAUGGGGACAAACCAGAAAUCACCAAAGCUUCCUCAGAGGCAGCAAAAAAAUGGAAAAAAAAGAAAAAACAGAACUACACAGCCAGUAGCCCUACCAGGGAUGAAAGUUUAUUUCUUAUAAAACAGAGAAAAAAGAAAUCAAAACAGAAACCUGGUUACUGAUCUGAUUGCAAGAAGGUAGCUCAGAGAGUGGGUAGGUCUUAGCUUCAGUCAUGGCUUCAGCCCUUCCCCCCCCCUCUCCCAGUUACAAUGUGGAGCAUCAGACAACAUCAGACCAUCUAGGUAGAGGCUGGGAUACCAAAAAGCAGCAAAGCUCAUCUGUGCCAUUCCUCAGAGGGUGUCUUGGGUCUAUGAUAGUGACUAAUGUAUACAUCAGCACUGAUGUGUUUUCUGCAAUGUCGGUAUUUGGAUUAAAGGGCUUUGGGAGGGGGUGUGGGUGGCAAAGUUGAAAGCAAAAGGCAAAAUCGGAUCUCCUCUGUUUCAUACACCCUUUCUACAAAUCCUAAGAUUUAAUAAAGCACCUGCUGAGGCCACUUGAGUUAGCUGCAACAUGACCUUUAAAGAGCAGCUUUUUAAAUUAGGGAAAUCUUCAAAAGGAUGUGAAUAGUACAAUAAAUGAACUUAGAAAAGUUGCAUGCUGGCAAUGGCAGUGGCAGUGGAAAUAUAACUGAUUCACGAUUCUGUUCUCCCGGCUUAUGCGGGGAAAGAGAUGCACAUUAUCUCUUUUCAUAUGAGACUCCCAUUGGGAGUGGCUUCAUUCUUCUUCCACUGUUUACAACUAAAUGUUACAAAAUGCUUGGAAAUGUCAUUGCUUCUUAAAGGAACUGGGUGAAAAGGUCAGAUUGGGACUACAGAGCUGGGUAAAGGGGAAGUUUAACCUUUCCUCCCCUGUACCAUUUUCUUGAUGCAUCUCUCUCUCCAGACUCCCAGUUCCUCUGCCGGGGGUUGGGGGGGGCAGUGUAUACAAUAAAGGUGGAAGUAGCUACUCAUGGCACUGUGACCCCCCUAUCCAAGUUACCCCCUCUGACUACUUUUAGCAGCCCCCAGGGCAUCUCCUGUAGCUCUCCUGACAUCUCAGCGUAAUCCCUCAAGGAAUGUAUGAAACAGACUGGGGAGGGGGGAAUUCUGCAAGAAAGUUCUCCUUUUCAUCCUGAUUUCUUUCCCUGUCGGGGUCUGUCAUGAUGUUUCUGUCUCAUGCUGAUGGCAUCCUUCUGUCUUAGAAUAUGUUACAGUGUCUUCAGUUUGUCAUAGUCACUUCUCCACAAGUUUGAGUAGCAUGCCUGGUGGGAAAGCAGAUAUUUUUUCUUUCUUUUCUUUCUUUUUUUUUUUUAGGAGAAAGGCUACAAUCCUGAAACCUCCUCCAUUGAUUUAAUGGGACUUUCAAGUAGGUGGUUUUCAGAAUUUUGUCUCUCAGCUUACUUAACCAGCCAACUAGCAGCAAUGAAAUUAUUAAAAAUUUGGAUUUAAAUAUUCAGUUAAAAUCUUUGUACACGUAGAUGUCAAGUUUUUUAAAAACUUAAUCAUGUAAAAACUCAUCUGUUCUCAGAAAUAAAUUGUUUUAUAAUUCUGUUUCUUUAAAA